UACAUAAUAAUUACUCCUGACAGUAAUGUGUGAACAACGGCUUGUACGCCAAACAGCCAUUGUCAGAAAACCAAACUUAAAACUAGAUCAACACCUUUCCUGCACCUUUCUUGGGCUGGUCUACAGGGGGCCUGAAUCAUGGUGGCAACGAAGACGCGAUAUACUCUAAAUCCCUCAUUUUCUCAUCUUGUAGGAGUCGCAGUCAUCUUGAUCUCGUUAUGUAUUGGGAUUGGAAGACAAGUAGUGUUUGACUGGUUCGACCCGUUGCAUUGUAAUGCAUUGAUUAACAGAGGCAGUUGGUUGGAUUCUAACAAGGAGAUAUGGCAGCCAGAUGGCUGCAUGCUCCAUCAAUACAGUCCACAGACUGCUGGGAGUUGUCUUGGAAGUCGACAAACAAUAUUUAUCGGUGAUUCGGUGACACGGAGGCUAUUCUACCAGUUUGCUCAUCUGCUAGACCCCUCUCUUCCCACUGCACCAAAAGAAGACGGACUUAAGCAUGCUAAUCACACACUACACGCUACCUCUGGUAGCCUUGUGUCGUUCUAUUGGGACCCUUUCCUAAACUCGAGCCAUACAUUCGAUAUUGUCUCCAAAGGAAUCGCACUACAGAACCACUCGAACACGUACGGCUCUAAGCAGCCGGCGUUGCUUACGCUCGGUGGUGGUCUGUGGAAUUUGCGAUACAGUGACCUUUCAGGGGGAUUGCCUGCUUGGGAAGCUAAUAUUGAGAAUCUCAUCCAUUCCCUUCCUAGCGAGGGCCCAUCCGACAACAUUGUGUUUCUUCCUGUCGAAGAAAUAAUACCAUCUAAAUUAUCCCCUGACAGAGCAAAGACUAUGCAUUCUUCAGAUAUAGACGCCAUGAACUCGGAUCUAUAUCACAGGAUUUACACCUCCCAUCCUGUAGUCGUGCAUCCCAAAGCCAACCUUCCCAUCGCGCUUCCACUCGUUUUCAACGAGAUGCUGGACUCCUCUUAUACCCAAGAUGGCAUACAUUUCUCUGAUUCUUUAAUCAGAACGCAAGCGAACAUCCUACUCAACCUCCAUUGCAACGAGAAGUUACCCAAGCACUUUCCCAUGGACGCGACCUGUUGUCGCAGUUAUCCGUCACCUGGGUUAUUGCAACUCAUGUCUAUCACGGUUCUCUUCGGAUUGGGCGUCUACCAACUCUGGAUAUCCCGACCAGAAGAUCGUUCAAUCAGUGGCUGGUGUUCAGUAAUCGAAUCAUCGCCUCUCUUCGUAAUGGGGGUAGCAAUUUUGCUUAUUUUCUUGGCAGACCGCACUGGUCUAUGGUUGAAGGAACAAAAAUUGUUUUCUGCGUGGACAUUUGGGCUUUUGUGUCUAAUAAGCUUGGGUGCUGGUCUUCUAACUAUCAAGUCUUCCGAUAAAGACUUGGGCUUCUUGAAUCGCGAGCAAACAGACGAAUGGAAAGGCUGGAUGCAAGUUGCCAUCCUAAUCUACCAUUACCUCGGCGCCUCCAAAAUUUCCGGCAUAUACAACCCCAUUCGUGUCCUUGUCGCUGCCUAUCUCUUCAUGUCUGGAUACGGACAUACCACGUUCUAUCUCAAAAAAGCCGAUUUUGGAUUCCUGCGUGUGGCUCAAGUUUUGGUUCGGCUGAAUUUACUGACUGUGGUACUCGCUUACACGAUGAAUACCGACUAUCUUUCCUACUACUUCGCGCCCUUGGUAUCGUUGUGGUACAUGGUUAUAUAUGUCACAUUGGCAGUUGGAUCGCGCUUCAACGACCGUACGCCUAUUCUCGUCGGAAAAAUCCUUCUCUCCGCGGCGCUUGUGACUCUUUUCUUCCAUACACUCGGGCCCUUGGAAUUUCUUUUUGAAAUUCUCGCUCGUAUAUUCGGAAUACAGUGGUCAGCGAAGGAAUGGGCUUUCCGGGUGAAGCUCGACCUCUGGAUUGUGUAUGUUGGCGUGUUUGCUGCCGUAGCUGUUAUCAAGAUUCAAGAAUUUCAGUUGACCGAUUCUCCGCGGUGGCACAUGUUUCAAAAGAUUGCCGUUGUUCUCUCCGCCCUCGUCAUAUCGUGGUUCUUGGUAUUCGAAAUCAACCAGGAAUCAAAGUUUACCUACAAUUAUUGGCACCCUUACAUUUCCUGUCUUCCCGUAUUAGGGUUUGUCGUACUGAGGAACGCGAACGCAACCCUCCGCGCCGCCAACUCCCAGAUCUUCGCCUUCAUUGGUCGCUGCUCUUUGGAGACCUUUAUUAUCCAAUAUCAUCUAUGGCUCGCUGCAGACACCAAAGGAGUUCUGCUUGUACUUCCCGGUACACGAUGGCGCCCACUCAACUUCAUCAUAACCUCUAUUAUGUUCGUUUAUAUUUCCAACCAAGUUGCACAUGCCACAGGGGCGUUGGUUACGACACUGUGCGGGCAGAAACCGAAAGCAACCGCAUUGCCUAUUACCGCAUCUGCGGAUGGACCCUCCCACCCUCGACGUUGGGUUGAUCGUUUAGCAGAUGGUGCUGUUGCUUCUUCCCCGCGUCAGGCCUCAUUUUACAAAUUGUGGGAGAAACCUUUGAAUGCUAACUAUGGAACAAGGUUGGCUCUGAUUGGUGGGAUCAUGUGGACGUUGAACUUGCUCUGGCCAAAAUCGUGAACUCACGGACUGGACAUUCGUACUAUAAUACAUGGCAUAUGAUAAUGAGGUAUACAGUAGUAAUAGUAUGACCUGUGAACAAUGAGGAACAAUGUGAGUAAAAAAAUCAAACAAAACGGAGAGAGAAUUCAGUAUUAGCAUGGAAAAUCUUCGAGCCCCGUCCUUAAGACGGGAUCAGUGCUUGACUUCUAGAUAUUUUACAUCAUACUGAAAAGGUGAAAGAAUAUCUACUCACUCUCGGUAAGAGUUGCAACGGUAACACGUCAAGCGCCAAGACCUGACUG